UUUCAACGUCCUUACGGACAAAUGAUAAACUACAGUAGAAUUGCUGUUCAGCUGAUGUACAGAAUUAGUAUUUGAAAUAAAAAUGCUAAUAUCUCGUGGUGUUGGCCCAUUACGGUAUUUUAUAACAAAAUUAAAUCAACCGAUUCUAGGACAAGGCACACAGUCCAUCAGGAAAAGCCAUGGCUCCAUAUGGUCGUAUCGACAGCCUGUGUCAAAGCACCCGAAACAUAUAAUAAUCUUGGCAGAAGUUGUUGGAGGUUAUAUGUGGUGGUGGAUUUUUUGGCAUUUUUGGCAUGAAUCUGGCCAUGUAUUCGGUGAAGUUGAAUAUCCAAAUCCAUCUAAAUGGACAGAUGAGGAGCUUGGAAUUCUACCAGAUGAUGAAGAAUAAAUUUUGGCAGUUACUUUGUAGUUAUUACUAAUUUACAUAUUGUUUUUAAACCAGUUCAGCUUUUGUAUAAUUGUAAUAUAUUAGAUUAAAUUGUUACAUACAGUAUGUAUGUCUGGACAAAUGGUUCUUCAUUAAAUUUCUUAUAAAAGUU